GAAAAUUUUCGCAACCCGUGCAACGCACGGGAACUACUGAUAUUAGUAAUUUAAUAGUAAUAAUUAACAAAGGGCACAAAUUUGCGCAGGAGUUUUGGUGAAAACUGGAAAACAAUUCCCGCGGUGUCAAAUCUGUUGGCGUUCAAGUUGAACCCAGUAGGGGUUUACUACGGUUCAUAUCAAUUGCAAUAUAUAAAAAAAAAGUUUUUAAUAAUCAAAUAAAAAAAACUACUGUAUAUUUUCUUCCACCAUCUGUCUAUGCCGGUGGGAUUCUGGGAGAGGAUUGCCGAAGAGAAGCAGAGAUGGCUAAAGGAACUAGUAGGGUUGGCCGGCAGCAUCAAUCCAAGAGAUCGACGUCCACCGUGACGUUGGUUCUCUCAAUGCUUCUUAUGUUGACAAUUGUGCUUUUAGUGCUUUUGGCUCUCGGUAUUUUCUCCCUUCCCCUUGGCUCCGGCGACGAUCCUUCUCCGGUGAAUGACAGUUUCAAGUUCAAGCGCUUGUCCCUCGACAUCGGUGAGGGAGAUGGAUUGGGGAAGAGAGGUGAGCAGUGGACUGAGGUGCUCUCCUGGGAGCCGAGGGCUUUUGUUUAUCAUAAUUUCUUGUCGAAGGAAGAAUGCGAGUAUCUUAUAAAUCUUGCUAAACCUCACAUGGCAAAAUCUACAGUUGUCGAUAGCAAAACAGGUCAGAGUAAAGAUAGCAGGGUUCGUACAAGUUCUGGAAUGUUCUUGAGGAGGGGACGAGAUAAAGUCAUAAGAGCCAUUGAGAAAAGGAUAGCUGACUAUACCUUCAUUCCUGUUGAACAUGGAGAAGGUCUUCAGGUUCUUCACUAUGAGGUUGGACAGAAGUAUGAUCCUCAUUAUGAUUACUUCCUUGACGAGUUCAACACUAAAAAUGGCGGCCAACGUAUAGCUACUGUUUUGAUGUAUCUAUCAGAUGUUGAGAAAGGUGGAGAGACAGUUUUCCCUGCUGCUACGGGCAAUUUUAGCUCCUCUCCUGGAUGGAAUGAGAUGUCAGAAUGUGCGAAAAGGGGGCUUUCUGUAAAACCGAGAUUGGGUGAUGCGCUUCUUUUCUGGAGCAUGAGGCCAGAUGCUACUCUGGAUCCAUCGAGCUUGCAUGGGGGUUGUCCAGUAAUUAAAGGCAACAAAUGGUCAUCUACGAAGUGGAUGCAUGUUGAACAAUAUAAAGUUUAAAUUGACUUUGAAGGCAUUUUUGAGGAAGUAGUUCGGAGAUUGGAGUUUGCUUUUACUGGAAGUUCAAGGACAUUUACAGCUGAUGUGACCAUUCUGAUUCUAAUUAUACUUGAUUUUGCUACUGCUGCGAAAGCCAUAGGCAGGUCGUACUAUCAGUCUGACCUUCGAUGAAGUGCAACUUGUACUCUUCGGUGAUAGCAGAUUUGUUUUUUAGGUAAAUGUUGCUUCCGUUUUUUGCAUAUACUUGUGUGUUUGAAGCAAUAACUUGUAGUUUUAUAUGUAUAAAAAAGUUCACAGAUCUUGUACCACCAAGAUCUUAUGAAACGUAGUCCAGUGUGUCUUGAAUAGUUUCACUUCCUUUUCCCGUUGUCUGGAAAGGAAAGGUUCUUGGUGAUAUGAGGUAAAAGAUUUUGGAGGAAUUCUCAAUGGGAUAAUUUUGUUUUGUUUUUUUUUUUUUUUUUUGUUCUGUCAGAAUCGAGCCAUCCAACUGGCUUGUUUAUGUAUGUAUAUAUUUUCUUGCUUCACCCAGGGAUUAUGAAUUAUUUAUUUCUAUCUUUCGGGAAGAGCAAGAUGUUGUUGCUUCGUACACCCGUUCAUGAAUUUACAUCUAAAAAUACUGUAGUUUAAGAAUCUUUAUUCAAGGAAGCACACAUGUAACGCGCACAUCUAUAAAGUUGUAAUAAAG